GCGAGUGUCAGAGCCAGUGGAUUUUUUACCACUUCAGGAAGUGAACAGACGACGACGAGGACGACGUCCAAACAGCGCGACGCGUUUCACAACCAAAUUUUCAAAUCGUGCAUCCAAAAUAUAUUUCAAAAAAACAAUACUGUAGAUUAUCGACGACCACUACGACGACGACGCCGACGCCUGAACGUAUUAAUAAACAAACAUCCGUAGUCCGUCAGCUGAUUGACACGAAAGACGAUGCCAAAUCACGUCCUGGAGUCCUCGCCUAAUGCGGCGCUCAACAAGUCCAUCAUCGGCAAAUUCAUGGAUUUGCCGAUUCCGGAGGGCAAAUGCCAGGCCAUGUACAUCUGGAUUGAUGGCACCGGAGAGAAUGUGAGAGCCAAAACGAGGACCGUCGAUUUCAUUCCAACCAGUGUCAAAGAACUGCCAGUCUGGAAUUACGAUGGAAGCUCCACGUACCAAGCGGAAGGAGGCAAUUCCGAUACGUAUUUGCACCCUGUCGCCAUGUACAACGAUCCCUUCCGCAGGGGAAACAACAAGUUGGUCCUGUGCGAGACCUACAAAUACAACAAGAAACCCACCGAGUCGAAUCACAGGCAUUCUUGUGCGAAGACAAUGGAAGCCGCCAAGAAAUGGAAGCCGUGGUUCGGAAUCGAACAAGAGUACACCUUGCUCGACUUCGAUCUGAGACCUCUUGGAUGGCCGAAGAACGGUUUCCCGGGACCCCAGGGACCUUACUACUGCGGCGUCGGUGCAAACAAGGUCUACGCCAGGGACAUCGUCGAAGCCCAUUACAGGGCUUGCCUCUACGCCGGCAUCAAUAUCUCCGGAACGAACGCCGAAGUUAUGCCAGCUCAGUGGGAAUAUCAAGUUGGACCGUGCGAAGGCAUCGACAUCGGAGAUCAACUCUGGAUGUCGCGCUUCCUUUUGCACAGGGUCGCCGAAGAGUUCGGAGUCGUCGCCACAUUGGACCCGAAACCGAUGCCUGGUGACUGGAACGGUGCCGGUGCCCACACCAACUUCUCCACCGAGCUGAUGAGAGAGGAAAACGGUAUUAUUGAGAUCGAAAAGGCCAUCGAUAAAUUGAGCAGAAACCAUCUGAGACACAUCCAGGCGUACGAUCCUAAGGGAGGAAAGGACAACGAACGUCGUUUGACCGGAAAACACGAGACCUCGAGCAUCCACGAUUUCAGUGCAGGUGUUGCUAAUCGUGGAGCGAGUAUUCGUAUUCCCAGAGGUGUCGCCGAGGAGAAGCAAGGAUACCUCGAAGAUAGGAGACCAUCGUCGAAUUGCGAUCCGUACUCGGUUUGCGAAGCGCUCGUCAGAACCUGCAUCCUGGAUGAAUAGAUGCAUGAACUGAUGACAACUAUUGUUCCUCAGCACAAUAAAGAAUAUUAUAUUUUUCGAUUACAUUAUCAACAUAGAAAAGAAAGAAGAAGAAUAAGAAGAUGGAGAACUACAAAUAGGUUUAACAAGUUACAUAGUAAUUAUUAUUAUUAUUAUAGCUACAAUUAUUAUUAUUAUUAUUAGAUAUGUCGUUUAUUACUAUUUGUAUUAAUUUCACAUUACGAAGCUCAAUUGUUGCUAUUAGGUUGUUCUUCAGCAUUAGCUAAGUAAGAGUUUUUAGGGACGAAAACCACGUUUGACCAAAUCACCGUAUUUUUGUUUUGUUUAUUUGUUCGUUUAUAUUGUGUAGUAGCUAAUUGAAAGAAAAUAUA